UUGGGUACUUAAUUCCGGACUCGGUUUGUGUCUCUGAAGACGCCUGCCUGAAUCGAGACCCAACUUCUUCCCGUGUUCUCGUCCGUUGCGUAAUUGCUGCUAUGGAUCCAUCGUCUCAGAGCUCCUCCGCCGGUAACGGAAUCCUUCCGCCGCCCGGUGGCGGUGGCGGCGGCGGCGGGACCCAUGUAAACACUCCGGCAUCCACGCCCAUCACCAACAGCGGGAACGCCGUUCUGGACGCCGCGGAGGAGCAGAAGCAUAAUCUAAACCAAUCCAUCAACUCGAUCCAGAAGACUCUUGGUCUGCUCCACCAGCUUUACCUAACCGUCUCGUCCUUCAACGUCGCCUCUCAGCUUCCUCUUCUCCAGCGACUGAACUCAUUGGUGGCGGAGCUUCACACGAUGCAGAAGUUGGCGGAAAAUUGUCACAUCCAGGUGCCUAUGGAAGUCGUCAAUUUGAUUGAUGAUGGGAAGAAUCCAGAUGAGUUCACGAAGGAUGUUCUUAAUAGCUGCAUUGCUAAGAACCAGAUUACUAAGGGCAAGACCGAUGCAUUCAAGAGUCUGCGCAAGUACCUUUUAGAGGAGCUUGAACAAGCAUUUCCUGAUGAAGUUGAAUCAUUUCGUGAUAUAAGGGCAAGCUCCGCUUUUGAAACUAAACGUCUGGCUCAGAUGCAGAAUGUUUUAGCUAAUGGAGAUGUCAAAGUGAAGAUUGAACUCUGAUUGCCAUAUAUACUCUGUAGGAUUGUGUCUGUGGCUUUGCUUGAAGAGUAAUUGUUAUGAUUCCUAUCUAUAUCUGUGACUGUAAGCUGAUUUAAGCUCUCAAAGAGUACUCACCAUUUGUAUCCUGCAUUUUUGUUUAAAUGUACA